UUCAAAAUGGAUGGAAUGAAUGAUAAUCUUAUAGUAGGACCAAGUGUAAGUACAAGUGAAGGACCAAGUGAAUUUGAAGCAUCUAAUUAUAUCUCAACAAGUGAAUUUUACAACAGUUAUGCAAGUAGCACUCCUCAUGGAUCUUUAUUUUGGGUACCAAAUGGGCCAGAAGAAAAUAGACUGUCUAUUGGUCAAAAGUUCAAAACCUUAGAGAGUGCAAUUCAAGCAUAUACAGAAUAUGCAGAAAAAUAUGGUUUUGAUACCAGAUUGUCUACACAAAAGCAUGAUAAAGAUGGAAAUAUUAAAAUAAAAUAUAUACUUUGCAACAAAGCAUUCGCUCCUGAAAAUGUUAGUGUUGAUACGUUGGAUGAAAAAGAUAGUGGUAAACAGAAAAGAAACUCCAAUGCUCAAAAGACAGAUUGUAAAGCUAGAGUGAGAUUUAGAUUAAGCGAUGAAAAAGAUUGUUAUAUCCUUUAUAAUUUUGAAGAUAGACAUAAUCAUGAGUUAGUUUCUUCAGAAUACAAGCAUUUGUUAAGAAAAAGAAGGAAAUUGGAUGACAUGGAAGAAAAAUUCAUUCACAGGGUUGCUUCAAAUAAUAUAGGAGCAACACGUGCUCAUAAUGUAUUAAGCAGUAUUAGAGGUUCUAGAUAUCUUGUGCAUGGAACAAUAACAGAUUUUAAAAAUUGCAGAAGGAAUCUUAAUGUUUUUAUUGGUGAGAAUGAUGCUCAAAUGUUAAAGGAUAAAAUGGAAGAAAGAAGAGAACAUUUGCAUAAUUUCUCAUUUUAA